GGUGAGCCGCAUGCUCUGCAGCCGGACUGCAGCUGCGCAGAGAGUGAGAGAGAGCCGCAGAAACAGCAGCCUCCGGUGCAGACACACACACACACACACACACGCACACACACACACUGAGAGAGAGGAAGGUGAGGCUGAGCUUUCCCUGGAUCGGACCCGCAGAACCCGCAGGACCCGCAGGAGGGGAUCCUUCCUCCACCCGCAGCUCUGCGUCAAAAGUAAGCUUCGUGCGGUGAUCGCCCCGCAGCGCAGGGACAGAGGUUCCUGAACCUGUGACCCUCCUGUGACCUUUGACCUGUGACCAUGGCAGUCUGUGAAGUCAUUCGGUUUGGGUCAGACAGUCACAAGUAUCCAGAUCCGGCAGCAGCGGCGCUUUAAGGUUUGAUCCAGACGCUCUUCUUCUUCUUCUGUACGUCUGUGACUGAGCCGCCGCCCAGCAUGCGUCCGUCCCUCGCCACUGCGGUCCUCCCACCCAGGACCCGCUCCCACAAUCCCCCCAACCUGUCGGUGGGAGGCCGCGAACACCUUUCCGCCCCCCGCCGGCGCAGCCCUCACCUGCGCCACACACUGAGCCCAGAGAACCUGCGGACGCUGGCGGAGCGCGGCGGGGCGGCUGUGGACGCCGCCUCCAUCAUCGGUGGGCCGGUCGGGCUCACGAGGGCCAACAGCGAUACCGACCUGGUGACCUCACAGAGCCGCUCCUCGCUCACGGCGUCCACGCUGGAGUACACGCUGAACCGCGGUCAGAACCUGGUCAUCACCUGGGACAUCAAGGAGGAGGUGGACGCCACCGACUGGAUCGGGCUGUACCACAUUGAUGAGACCAGUCCGUCCAACGUGUGGGACUGCAAGAACCGAGGCGUCAACGGGACCCAGAGGGGCCAGAUCGUCUGGAGGCUGGAGCCCGGACCCUACUUCAUGGAGCCGGAGACCAGGAUCUGCUUCAAGUAUUACCAUGGAGUGAGCGGAGCUCUGCGGGCGACGACGCCCUGCAUCACUGUGAAGAACCCGGCGGUUCUGGUGGAGGGUCUGGCAGAGCAGGUCGGCGUUGAACAUCCACGGAAACUCAUCAGCUUCACUCUAACCGAUCUGCGCUCCACCGGCUUGAAGAAAGGCAUGUUUUUCAAUCCGGACCCGUACCUGAAGAUGUCCAUCCAUCCUGGGAAGAGAAACAUCUUCCCGGUCUUCAGCCACCACGGACAGGAGCGACGGUCGGCCAUUAUCGCCAACACCACCAACCCCGUCUGGCACGGCGAGAAAUACACCUUUGUGGCGCUGAUGACGGACAUCCUGUACAUUGAGGUGAAAGACAAGUUUGCUAAAAGUCGUCCAAUCAUCAAGCGUUUCCUGGGUCAGCUGGCCAUUCCUGUGCAGCGGCUCAUCGAGAAGAUUCCAGGGGUCCAGCCGGUCAGCUUCCCGCUGUGCCGCCGCCUGCCCACCGAACACGUCAGCGGCCAGCUGCAGUUCCGGGUGGAGCUGACGUCCACAGGGCCCGAUGGUGCCUCGCCGGACUCCAUCAUCGGCCUGUCGCCGCUGAACGGUGCCCCGGGAACGCCGUCAGACGACGAGGACCUGCCCCACCCGUUGCCAGGCGUGGUGUCCGCCGGCCUCUCCCCCACAGGCCCUCAGGGGCCCCACGGCCUGUGGGAAGGCGGGGCCGCCGCCCUGCCGGAGAAGGAGCUGCCCGCCGUGCGUCCGGCGCGCUUUGUGGAGGCGGCGGCGGUUUGUGAGCGCUCCAUCCUCCAGCGGUCGCUGAGCGAGGGUCUGGAUGCCAUUGAGGCCCCCAAGGGGCCCGGUGAGAGGCCCCUCGGCGCCGCCUCACCCAGGCUGUGCUCCAGCUUCCCCACACACACCAGGCUCAGCGACAUCCUGCACAUCGACUCCGACGAGGACGAGGAGCGCUCUGCCAUCAACGAGCUGCCGCCGUCGCCGCUGCUGCUGAACGGAGAGCCUGCUGAUGGCGGCGGUGGCCCCGACGAUGACGACCUGUUCCUGGAGGAACCGGAGCUGCAGGGGGCAGAGGGAGGGCCUGCGGACGCCCUGGUUGCAGAGCCGGGUCUGGACCUGGACGACGCUUUGGAGCCAGAGGUUUUCCUAGAGGUGGAGGAGGAGCAGACUGUUACCCAUGAUGCUUUGCCAGAGGGGGCACCAGGCGAAGACCUUACGUCAGAGAUGGAUUCCUUCUCCAUGGCAACGGCACCUCAGACCGCCGGCUCCUCAUCAGACAGCGGAGCGGUUACCAUGGCUACUGCUGUGGAAGCCGAUGAUGGAGCGGCGACAGCCAUUGAUCCGGGGGGAGACGGGGAGGCCGGUCUGCCGCCGACCUCUCGACCUGGGGAUGAUGAUGAUGAUGAGGAGGAGGAGGAGGCUGGAGGAAGAGAGGCGGCCUCCGAGGCUGAAGCAGAUCCUCCAGCCGCCAGCGAGCCACCGCAAGAGGAGGAGGAGGAGAAGGAAGAGGAGGUUGGCGUGAGGAGGCGGAGCCUGCAGGCCACGGGAGGCAGUCAUGAUGGACAGGAAGUGGCAGAGACCAAGACUCGGGAGGAGGGGGGGUCUGUGGAUGCGGAGCACGUUACCACGGAAACAGACAGGGAGGAAGACGCUCCCGUUAACGGCCAUCCGGUCCGAUCGCUGCCUUCGGUGCGCCAUGACAUCCACCGCUACCAGAGGGUGGACGAGCCGCUGCCCCCCAACUGGGAGGCUCGUAUCGACAGCCACGGCCGGAUCUUCUUCGUAGAUCAUGUGAACAGGACGACGACGUGGCAGCGGCCCACCGGACCGCCUGCCCCGCAGGGCCUGACCCGCUCCAACUCCAUCCAGCAGAUGGAGCAGCUCAACCGCAGAUACCAGAGCAUCAGGAGGACCAUAACCAGCAGUGAGCGGUCAGAGGAAUCCUCCGCUGAGCUGCCGGAGCCGGAGGGCGAGCUGAUGCCUCACUCCAUCUCCGAAUAUCGCAGAGAAAGCGCCGUGGCCCACUCCAGUGGUCGUUCACGCCUCUCCCUGCUGCUGCAGUCGCCCAGCGCCAAGUUCCUGUGCAGCCCAGACUUCUUCACCGUGCUGCAUUCAAACCCCAGUGCCUACCGCAUGUUUACCAGCAACACCUGCCUGAAGCACAUGAUCAGCAAGGUGCGGCGUGACGCUCACUACUUCGAGCGCUACCAGCACAACCGCGACCUCGUGACCUUCCUCAACAUGUUCGCCAACAAGCAGCUGGAGCUGCCCCGCGGCUGGGAGAUGAAGCACGACCACACUGGGAAGCCUUUCUUUGUGGAUCACAACUGUCGGUCGACGACCUUCAUUGACCCCCGGCUGCCGCUGCAGAGCUCGCGCUCCACCGGGCUACUGGCCCACCGCCAGCACCUGAGCCGCCAACGGAGCCACAGCGCCGGGGAGGUGGUGGAUGACUCCCGGCAGAGCGGCCUGCCCGCCAUGCCCCGGCCCUCCAGCACCUUCAGCGGGUCCAGCCGCAGCCCGUACCACGAUGUGGUUCCUGUGGCCUACAAUGACAAGAUAGUGGCGUUUCUACGGCAACCCAACAUCCUUGAGGUCCUACAGGAGCGGCAGCCUGAGUUAGCCAGGAACCACUCCCUAAAGGAGAAGGUCCAGUUCAUCCGCAGCGAGGGCGUCAACGGACUCGCCCGUCUGUCCAGCGACGCCGACCUCGUCAUGCUGCUGAGCCUGUUUGAGGAGGAAGUGAUGUCAUAUGUGCCGCCAUUGCUCCACCCAGGUUACAGCCUGUCUUCUCCUCAGAGCUCUCCAGGAACGCCGCGCGCCAACGCGCGAGCGCCCGCUCCGUACAAGAGAGACUUUGAGGCGAAACUGAGGAACUUCUACCGGAAGCUGGAGACGAAGGGCUACGGCCAGGGGCCGGGAAAAGUCAAGCUCAUCAUCCGCAGAGAUCACCUGCUGGAAGACGCCUUCAACCAGAUCAUGUGUUAUUCCCGUAAAGACCUGCAGAGGAGUAAACUCUACGUCAGCUUCGUCGGCGAGGACGGGCUGGACUACAGCGGACCGUCCAGAGAGUUCUUCUUCCUGGUGUCCAGAGAGCUCUUCAACCCGUACUACGGUUUAUUCGAGUAUUCGGCCAACGACACGUACACGGUGCAGAUCAGCCCCAUGUCCGCCUUUGUGGACAACCACCACGAAUGGUUUCGGUUCAGCGGGCGGAUUCUGGGCCUGGCUCUGGUUCAUCAGUACCUGCUGGACGCGUUCUUCACUCGCCCGUUCUAUAAAGGCCUCCUGCGCAUCCCGUGUGACCUCAGCGACCUCGAGUUCCUGGAUGAGGAGUUCCACCAGAGCCUGCAGUGGAUGAAGGACAACGACAUCGAGGACAUGCUGGACCUCACCUUCACCGUCAACGAGGAAGUCUUCGGACAGAUCACAGAGAGAGAGCUGAAGCCCGGCGGGGCGGGAAUCCCUGUGUCCGAGAAGAACAAGAAGGAAUACAUCGAGCGCAUGGUGAAGUGGCGCAUCGAGCGCGGCGUGGCGCAGCAGACCGAGAGCCUGGUCCGAGGCUUUUAUGAGGUGGUGGACGUGCGGCUGGUGUCGGUGUUUGACGCCCGGGAGCUGGAGCUGGUCAUCGCAGGAACAGCAGAGAUCGACCUGACCGACUGGAGGAACAACACCGAGUACAGAGGAGGUUACCAUGACAACCACAUAGUGAUCCGCUGGUUCUGGGCGGCUGUGGAGCGGUUCAACAAUGAGCAGAGGCUGCGGCUGCUGCAGUUCGUGACGGGAACGUCGAGCGUUCCUUACGAAGGUUUCGCCUCGCUGCGAGGGAGCAACGGACCGCGCAGGUUCUGCGUGGAGAAGUGGGGGAAGAUCACGUCUUUACCCAGGGCUCAUACCUGCUUCAACCGGCUGGACCUGCCUCCCUACCCGUCCUUCUCCAUGCUGUAUGAGAAGCUGGUGACGGCCGUGGAGGAGACCAGUACCUUCGGUUUGGAGUAACUCCGGAGCGUCUGGAAAUCCCAUGCUCUCGUUGAGGAGAAUCAGAGAAGAAACAGACGGCGUACCAACCUGCUGCUCCUCCGCCGCUCCGGUUCUCUGAGGAGACGGACGGAGAACCAGAACCGCCGGAUGUUGUAAAGUUUCUCGUUUCAUGUGAACCCAUUUCUGUCACUGAGCCACAUGUGUGCUUUAUCUCAGCAGCCGCUCCGGCCGACCUUCACACUGGGGUUACCUGCACUCACUCACCUGUUCGCACAAACUGGACCCGCUCCUGGAGGACGGGCCGGGUUCUGAUGGGUUUGGUUCUGGAGAGCCCGGUACUUUCCACACCUUUCUGAUGAGCAAUACUUUCACUUCCUCCCAGUGGAAACUCCACUUCCUCCUAACAGAUGACAUCACUUCCCACGCGGUGGCGAAUGUACCAAACCUGCAGCUGAAUGUACGAGUCCAGAACACCAGAAGGUUCUGGAUGGCUGGAGCUGGACGGGCCGGAGUCAGAACAUAAUGAAUGCCAUAAUAAAUAUUACCUGGUUCUGUUCAGGUCAAAGGUUCUCGGCUUUGUGACCGGGUUCUGGUUCUGCUCAGUUCUGCUGGGUUUGGAUCCAGGUUUUGCUGAUGACCCAGUUCAGACCAGCUGCAGCUGUAGAGGUGGGCACGCUCCCGCUACUGCGCUAAACGCAGAUCUGGUUUCUCUUUUAGUGUUUUUGCUAACUUUCAAUAUGUUUAGCACAGUUAGCUCCUGCUAAGCUAAUUUUUCCAGAUAAACUCCAAAGCGAUAGUUUACUGGGUUGUUAUAAUAAAGUUAUCGACUGUUAAGAAUUGUUCAAGUAGUUUAUUUUCUCAUUUUGAAGUAGCAGCAGUUUGUUCUUUCUGUUUAUGAUUAGCACAUCGGCAUUAGCUUCUGCUAAAUCACAUGUUGGUAUAGUGUUUAUGCUAAACACCCUGUUGAUGUAGCGCUUCAGCGUUACUGGAAAUAACAGCUGAGUUAGUUUUGCCCACCACUGAACAGCUGCUCCUCUAAGGUCACUGCUGAUGUUUUUCCAUUUUUGCGUCGCGCCAACACACCUGGACGCCGCAGAGCUGCAGCUAGCUGGUGCGUCUGACCUGUUGAUGACGUUUGGUCAGAUGUUGCCUGAUUCUCGGUCCAAUGUCUUCAGCCCGGAUGUUUUUGCGAAGCUCAGCUGAGUUUCUGAAUGUGAGGUUUGUUCCCAGUGCCUCUGAUGGUUUCCUGUUCCUAACUGGGACACAUGAACGUUUCCGGGACAUGUCCUCAGUAAAACGCUGUUCUUUGUCCAAAAUGUAAGAUAAGACAUCCGUCUGUCCUCCCGCGCGAAACGCUGCAUGUUAAAUCUACGGAAGCCUGUUGGAGUCAGACCACAGGCGCCGCGGUGGUUUCACUUUCCUCCCAGUGCUCCCAGUCCAAUCCUGCAUGCAGGGUCUGUCCGGUGCGGCUCCGUGAGCUGCUCCUGGCAGAGACCACUAGGUGGCGCUGUGUUGUAGCUCCAUAUUGCAUGCUGAAGUAGUGCCGCCUUUCUAACUCCUGUGCAUGAGGAUUCCUGCUCUCCAUUGACGGAUCUGGGUCAGGGUCUGGUAAAGUCGGUUCGGGUCGGCCCUCUGGGCCAGCAUGGUUCUGAACCGUCUAUCUUAGUAAUGAGCUGACUGGACCUGGGUUUGGAGAACCGUGUACAGAACCAUGAGUCUCUGUGUGUAAAUGUCUGUCUGUUGUGUGAAAAUAUCUCCGUUUUGCAUCGAUUGUACCAAAGCUUCGGGCCUGGCGGAGCGGACCGGGAGGCCGGUUCUGGUCCGGUCCGACUCAUCUCACCUCUGGGUUCAUGUCUGGGGAACUUUGUGCAUGAGGAGCUUCAGGUUCCGGUCGGACCUGGAGGUUCUGGAACAUUUCCCUCCGGACCCGGACGCACUUUUCAGAACUCCACUCUAUGCAAGGCGCCUGUGUGUUUGUCUCCAUUUCACUUCGAUUGUAAUAAAAGAAACCGGAGGAGCAUUUGAUACGA